UUCCUCAGAUCAAUGCCCUGGCCACUCACUUUCUGAUGUUGCACGACGGGAAAUGCUUUGAAUACUUACGACAUGGCCGCUCACAUUGAUUGCCAAGAUUGACAGCAGUAACCAUCGCCUUCACUUGUUUCAGGAGGAAAAAAAUUAAUAAUAAUGAACCUGAUUGUAACCAAAUCUCCAGGCAACCCAUCAGCAAACUUCUAACGAUCCGGACCCUGCACAGCCAUGGCCCGGAGAAACACCAGCAGACUUUAGUGCAUUUAUUUUUAUUUUAUUUGCUGAAUUACUCCCCGUUUAUUUCUUUCCUUCCUACACCCCCUUGCCCCUUUUUUAAUGAAAAUUACUGAAGCGCGUAAAAAAAAAGGGGGGCGACUCUCCCAAUGCUUUGUGCCACACCGGAUUCCGAGGAGGUCAGUUUCAUGAAUUCAAAAGCAACUUACCAGUGAUUUCUGGGUGCUGGGGCUGAUUUUCUUGUGUGUUUUGACAGUGGUUCCUUGUGAUUUGGGAAGGUGUCAGAGGUGUUAUGCCAUCAAGUUCUGAAGUGCUGGCUGGUGUGGUAGGAGAAAACAGGACAGAAGAGUGGAAGAACAGCCAUUAUAUAAGAAUGUCUUCCAAGCAGGCCACCUCUCCAUUUGCCUGUGCAGCUGAUGGAGAGGAAGCAAUGACCCAGGAUUUAGCAUCACGAGACAAGGAAGAGGGAAACAAUGAUCAUCACGUGGCCUCCCAUCUGCCUCUACACACCCUAAUGCACAACAAACCUCACUCAGAGGAGCUACCGACUCUGGUCACCACCAUCCAACAAGACGCCGACUGGGACAGUGUUAUCUCAGCCCAGCAUAGAAUGGAGUCAGAGAGUAAUAAGUUAUGUUCCCUAUAUUCCUUCCGGAAUACCUCUACCUCACCACACAAGCCCGACGAAGGAGGUCACGAUCGCAGUGAGCUAAUGACCAGUGUUAAUUUUGGAACUCCAGAACGCCGCAAAGGAAGCCUUGCUGAUGUGGUGGAUACACUGAAACAGAAGAAACUAGAGGAAAUGACCAGGACUGAACAGGAAGACUCAUCUUGCAUGGAAAAACUACUUUCUAAAGACUGGAAGGAGAAAAUGGAAAGACUAAAUACAAGUGAACUCCUUGGAGAAAUUAAAGGUACACCAGAAAGCCUGGCAGAAAAAGAGCGACAGCUCUCUACCAUGAUCACCCAGCUGAUCAGUUUACGGGAGCAGCUCCUGGCUGCCCAUGAUGAACAGAAAAAGCUGGCAGCCUCACAAAUUGAAAAACAACGGCAGCAAAUGGACCUUGCUCGCCAACAGCAAGAACAGAUUGCAAGACAACAACAGCAACUUUUGCAACAGCAGCACAAAAUCAAUCUACUGCAGCAGCAAAUUCAGGUUCAGGGUCACAUGCCUCCGCUCAUGAUCCCAAUUUUUCCACACGACCAGCGGACAUUGGCAGCGGCUGCUGCAGCCCAGCAGGGAUUCCUCUUCCCCCCAGGAAUAACUUAUAAGCCAGGUGAUAACUACCCUGUGCAGUUCAUUCCAUCAACAAUGGCAGCUGCUGCUGCUUCUGGACUCAGCCCUUUACAGCUCCAGCAACUCUAUGCAGCUCAGCUGGCCAGCAUGCAGGUUUCUCCUGGAACCAAGAUGCCUUCUACUCCCCAGGCACCGAACACGACAGGGGCACUCUCACCUACUGGGAUGAAAAACGAAAAGCGAGGGACCAGCCCUAUAACACAAGUGAAGGAUGAAGCAGCACAGCCACUGAAUCUCUCAGCCCGACCCAAAACAGCGGAACCUGUCAAAUCCCCGACAUCACCGACGCAGAACCUCUUCCCAGCUAGUAAAACCAGUCCAGUGAAUGUGCCAAAUAAAAGUAGCAUCCCGAGCCCUAUCGGAGGGACAUUGGGAAGAGGAUCCUCCUUAGAUAUCCUUUCCAGUCUUAACUCACCUGCCCUAUUUGGGGACCAGGACACAGUCAUGAAAGCCAUACAGGAGGCUCGAAAGAUGAGAGAGCAGAUCCAGAGGGAGCAGCAGCAGCAGCAGCCGCCUCAUGGUGUCGAUGUAAAACUGCCCUCUAUGAAUAACAUGGGUCUAAACAACUGCAGGAAUGAAAAGAUGCCAGUGCGGAUAGAUGCCAUCACUGGAAGGAUAUGCAUUAGAACUGUAGACACAGAAAGAACACGCUUUGAGAAUUUAGGCCCACAAUUAACAGGGAAACCCAGUGAAGAUGGAAAACUGGGCCCAGGAGUCAUUGACCUUACAAGGCCAGAAGAUGCAGAGGGAAGUAAAGCAAUGAAUGGCUCUGCAGCUAAACUACAGCAGUAUUAUUGUUGGCCAACAGGAGGUGCCACUGUGGCUGAAGCUCGAGUCUACAGGGACGCACGGGGCCGAGCCAGUAGUGAACCGCAUAUCAAGCGACCAAUGAAUGCUUUCAUGGUUUGGGCAAAGGAUGAACGCAGAAAAAUUCUCCAAGCUUUUCCUGACAUGCACAACUCCAAUAUUAGCAAAAUCCUAGGCUCUCGCUGGAAAUCCAUGUCUAAUCAAGAGAAACAACCUUACUAUGAAGAACAGGCACGGCUAAGUAAAAUCCAUCUAGAGAAGUACCCUAACUACAAAUACAAACCUCGACCAAAACGCACCUGUAUUGUUGAUGGCAAGAAACUGCGUAUCGGGGAAUAUAAACAACUGAUGAGGUCUCGAAGACAGGAGAUGAGGCAGUUUUUUACUGUGGGACAGCAGCCUCAGAUUCCAAUCACCACAGGAACAGGUGUUGUCUAUCCUGGUGCUAUUACCAUGGCAACUACCGCACCAUCACCUCAGAUGACAUCUGAUUGCUCUAGCACCUCUGCCAGUCCAGAGCCCAGCAUCCCUGUCAUUCAGAGCACUUAUGGUAUGAAGACAGACAGCGGAAGCCUUGCUGGAAAUGAAAUAAUAAAUGGAGAGGAUGAGAUGGAAAUGUAUGAGGACUAUGAGGAUGAUCCCAAAUCAGACUAUAGCAGUGAAAAUGAAGCCCACGAGGCUGUCAGUGCCAACUGAGGAGUGUUUGCAGAAUUAAAGUACUCUGACUCUUUUGAUUUUUUGUUUUUUGUUGAACAAAAAGUUCUUAAAGAGCCUGCAUGCAUGUGUGGCUCCUACAGUUACAUCAGCAGAAUGGUCUUAAAUGUUUCUUAACGUGUGAGACAGAUUGUUCCCCUAAUUUUCAUGAACCUGUUUUUUUUUUUAAUUUAGGUGAAGACAUAUAUUAAAUAUCAGACAUUGGGACUUGAAAACUUAUAUGAAUCAAUAGCUGUCUUACAAGUCUUACCUUUUGUCUCUUGUCUCCCCCCCCCCCAUUUGGAUGCUGAUAAAGGUUUAAGUUUUUGUUUUAGAUGGGGGUUAUACAUUCUCACUCAGGUAUGCUGUGCCAGCCUACAGGUUGUGAAUGUGUUUUUAUUCUGGAUUAUUUUAGAAAACAAAAACUGCAGAUUUCAUAUUGUGAAACAGAACAAGUCCGCAAGUGUACGCAUCUGUGUGUCAGAGCUCAUCUUUUAAACAAACUCUGAAUUCCACUUUUUCCACAUGUAUAGCUGAACUUCUGAUGUGCCAAACUUUUCAUAACUUUUGAAUCUUAACAUUUUAAAAAAGUCUUAAGGGAGACACUGUAAAGUCUUAGACAAUCCUUUGGCAUCUUAAAAAAAUAUAUGUAAAACAUAAUUUUUUUCCAGAAAAUGGUAAAGUACUCAGGAAUCUGGAGACAGGAUAUUCUUAAGUAGUGAACAAGGUUGCCACAGUGCACGUGCCCAAUUGCUUUUGCCUCUUGAUAUGCCAUUAGUGCAAAAUAUUAAGCACAAAAGCGCGAUCACCAGCUAUGGACAGGCCUGUCUUAGCAGUGUGAGGCCACCUCUGACUACAUUCUCUAUCCCUUUGCUUUUAACCCUUGCAUUCAGUCUUAACACAUUUUCUCUUAAAUAAUUUAUUCAUUCCAGAAUGUCAAGGGUGCAAAUACUUAAUAUUUAUUUUAAAAUGUACUGUUGGUGGCAUUACAUUUAUAAUUCCUUAUGACUGUCUUAAAGAGCCCUUUCUCUUUCUUCCCCCAAAACAUGCAGGUGUCUGAAAAUAAAAAAUGCACCUGCUUCCCAAAAUGAAAGU